AUGCCUUCCAUUCCAGAUGCAGAGCUCCACCCCGAAGCCAGUGGACCAGCAAAGGCGUUGGUCGACAAGCAUCAGGCGGAGCAGCCUUUGAAGCUCUAUGCGGGGUGGUUUUGUCCUUUUGUACAACGUGUCUGGCUUGCUCUGGAAGAGAAGCAGAUCCCUUACCAAUACAUUGAGGUCAAUCCCUAUCACAAACCGCAAUCACUUUUGUCCCUGAACCCGCGCGGGUUAGUCCCCACUCUCGCUUGUCCUACGGGACAAGGUGAUCGAGGUGGCGUCAGGCUCAGGCCACUCUACGAGUCGAAUAUCAUCCUCGAAUACCUCGAAGAAGCUUAUCCCGACCACCAGCCGCGUCUGCUUCCUGCAGACCCCUAUGAGAAAGCCCGCGCCCGGAUCUGGAUGGAUUUUGUAACAACCCGGGUGAUCCCCGCGUUCCAUCGCUUCCUGCAGUACCAGCCUCAGUCAGGGGACGAGGACGUGGCAACUGAGACUGACAAGGUCCGCCAGGAGUUUCUGAACCGUCUGAAGGAGUGGACCAAGGAGAUGCAUCCCGAGGGGCCAUUUUUCUUAGGAGAGCAGAUCUCAAUGCCUGAUCUUGUGCUGGGCCCGUGGGCCGUGCGGCUGUGGGUGUUUGAUGAGUUCAAGACAGACGGUCUUGGGAUUCCUGCUGAGGGUCAGGGGGCUGCGGAUGAGGCUGUCUGGCAGCGAUGGAGGACAUGGCUCCGUGCAGUAGAAGGCAGACGAAGUAUAAGGGAGACAACUAGUGAGAAGGAUCAUUACCUCCCUAUCUAUCAGCGUUAUGCAGACAAUACUGCCCAGAGUGAGCUGGCAAAGGCCACAAGAGCUGGAAGGGGAGUGCCAUGA